UCAGCCUCCUACUACUGCUCCUGUUGGGUAGGAAACAACCACAGAUCUUUGGCUCUGGGACUAAACUGUAUGUAACAGAGCAGCAGGUAGUGAAGCCCGUGGUGAGCGUGUACCCAGCAGCCUCCAGAAAUCCCCUGAAGAACCACCUGCUGUGUGUGGCCUCAGCCAUGUUCCCUCCUGAGGUCCAGUUCUCCUGGAAAAGACUGAAGCAGAACGGCGGCCUGGAGAAGCUGAACUCCAGAGAGGGAGAGCAGCUGGAGCUCAGAGAGUCGGGACGCUCCACCGCCAUCUUGGUGCUCAAACACUAUGAUCCGAAAGCACAAUAUCUCUGCUCUGUGAAGCACGAGAGAGGAACAGUGGAGGCUGAAACAGAGCAAGUCAUAAAGGUCACUGCCCCUCCGUCUACUGCUCCAUCGACUCCUCCUCUUCCCUCUACUCCUCCUACUACCCUUCCUCCCUCUACUCCUCCUCCUCCUCCUCCUCCUCCAGCCGUCCCUCCACCACUCUGGUCCAGAGAGAGGCUGCUCUGCCUGCAGUACACAGUGCUGAUAGUGAAGAGUGUGGUCUACUGCUUUGGACUCUCUCUGAUGAUGAUCCUCAGAAACAAAGGACCGUCCACCAGCUCCACACAUGCUGACUGACCUCCAAGAGCUUUGACGUCUCACUCACACCUGCUGGAAAACUCAAACAUGUUUUCUGUCAUCAACUGUAAAGAACAACAAAGAUUAUCUUGAAACAAUCUUCCUCCUGAACACAUGUAGAAAACACAGAGAAGAAGAACAGAAAGAGGAACUUCAGUUCAGUCAGUAUUUUAAACAAAGAAACUAAUGACAUAUUUCUCUGUUUUUCCUUUUCAUGAUAUUGCUUCUCAAUGUUAAACUUUCUUGACAUUUCCUCAGUGUUACUUUCAGAA